AUGACUCAGUCCACUCCGUCCUUCGACAAAGUCUUCGCUGGAACCCUCUGUGAUCUACAAGUCCCCAAAAGCAUCAAAUUCUCACCCAACGGCGAAAAGAUAGUGUACUCAACUUCUCUGUCAGGCGGUCAACGAAAGGGCAAGAACCAUGUAUCGACAUUAUGGCUCGCGACGAACGAAGCCGAUUCCUCUCGGAAAUUGACAUCGGGGAAAUACAACGACAGCAACCCAACCUGGCACCCACAAGAUAAUACUCGUAUCGCCUUCUUAUCUGAUAGGGCUAAGCCAGGCGAAAGUUCUGCUAUUUGGCUGCUUUCUCUAGAGGGAGGCGAUCCACUUCCUCUGACAAAGGAAGAUAACGAGCAGGAUAUCGACUCAUAUACUUUUUCUCCUGAUGGAAAGACAAUUGCGUAUGUUUCGCCUGAUGAAAAAGAGAAAGGCGAGGACAAUGACGAAGAUGAAAAGCCCGAGGUCUGGGGCGAAAAGUGGAACUAUGCUAAACUUAGGCUUUUGGACGUAGAGACCCUUGAGACUAGGGUCCUCGUUGGUGAAGUGCACAUUGGAGAGAUCGCUUGGAGCCCUGAUGGGCAAUUUUUGGUCUUCUUCAGUACUCAGAACCCCCAUAUCGAAGAGGCGAUGUUGACGGGCACUUCGAUUUCAACCGUUGAUGUGGGAACCGGCGAGGUCAUGCAUCUCUGUACGGUCAUGAACGAGCCUUAUAAUUUAAUUUGGGCGCCCGAUGGCAAGAUCUACUUUAUCACAGGCACACCGUCAGAUAAAGACUCUGGAGGAAGAGCAGUAUAUUCAAUCGACCCAGCGGCCUCAACUACUAAGUUCACUCGCGUUGCAUACGGCCUCAGAGAUGAUGCCGACGAUAUGCGGAUCGCGAAUGAUAAGAUAUACGUAAACCGCCAACGUAAAGACAAGAGUCUCAUCAGCAGUAUAGAUGGUUACGAGUUUUUCACUGAGACCGAGAUUUGGGCUUGGGAUAUCCAAAUAGACCCAAAGGGCAUCCCAAGACUAGCGGCUACUCUUUCGGACGUUAACACUCCUUACGAAGUCUUCAUCAUCGGAGAUCAUGACUCAAGUCGGGUCAAAGUCUCCAAUCACGGCGAAGCACUUAAGGAUCACUCCUUUGGCUCUUUCAACCAAUUUACUUGUCAAUCUUCCGAUGGGGAAGUCGAAUUAGAUGGACUGUACCUUACCCCGACAGGAGCAGGGUCUACCGACAGCUCAGAAGGGCCAAGGAAACCAAACCAACCUCUUCCAACGAUCGUCUUGAUCCAUGGUGGCCCAAGGGAUCGCGACUGCAAUAGCUUCGAUACCACGUGCUUCAAUUGGGCGCCUUACCUUCUUUCGAAGGGCUAUGGCGUUCUUCUUCCUCAAUACCGAGGCGGAUCAGGUAGGGGUAAGCACUUCGCCAUGUACAGCAUCGGUGGGCAAGGCAAAUAUGACUAUGAGGAUAUAGUCACUAUCACAGACGCUGCUAUCAAGAAAGGUUUUGCCGACCCGAAAAAACUCAUGGUCGGAGGAUGGAGUCAAGGCGGUCUCCUAACAUACCUCUGCAGCGUGCGCAACGGUGACCACGAUCUAGGAUGGCGCUUCAAAGCCGCAAUCGCAGGCGCUGGAGUUGUCGAUAUAGAAAGUCUUGCAAUAACAGCCGAUCUCGGCUCGACCUAUGAGGUUGAACUCGCAGGGGGUCAUACGAUCUGGACACUGCCACAUGACGAUACAAGGAAUCGCCAGGGUAGUGCCAUUUGGGAGGUAUUCGCCGCGGUGGAACGAUCUCGUCGUGAAGGGAAACCUGUUAUUCCGCCUAUGUUGAUUUUGCACGGUGAGAAGGAUGAACGAUGCCCGUUUUCGCAGGCCGAGGGAUUUAGAAGAGCUUUACGACAUUAUGAUCUAAAGUGCGAAUUUGUGAAAUAUCCUGGUGAGGGACACGGGAUUGAGAGGCAGUCUUAUUGGCUUGAUAUGCUUGAGAGAGUCGGGCGAUGGUGCGAUCUGUAUAUUGGAGACUCGGAAACACCAUUGUCCAUCCGAUAA